AUGACACUUACAAAUCUUAAGGGCAACCACUAUUGCUCUCGCGACUACGGCAGCAGUGCGUCCAACUCCAACAGCUACCACUACUCCAACAGUAAUGGAUCUUACUACUACUCCAACCCCAAUGGAAGCACCUACUACAACACCGGGUCGGGAAGCUCGACCUACACUGCCCCCUCUGGAGGAUCUGGAUCCGGUGGAUCCGGCAAGAAAUAA